AUGAAAUAGAAUUUGCAAACCUUAAACUAUACUACAUUUAUGCAUUUGUAUUAGGAAAGGAAUUUAGUAACACAUGGAGGCAGAGAUGAUUUAGCUGAUUGUGGAAUGAAAGCUUGGAAUCAUAGAGGAUACAUAGAUGUAGAAAGAAGGAAUUAUAGAUAAAGUGAUUAAUUUUGA